AUGAGCACAAGUCCCAGACCCCUGCGGGCGGCACCCGGCACCCGGCAGCUGCAAAAGAAAAAGAACACGGAGACACAGCAGGUACAGCAGCGGCGGCGUGACGCGGUCAAACAGAGCAUGCGCACCAAGCAGCAGUACGACCGGCUGACGCUGAGCUGGCAAGAGAAGCUGCUGAGCCCAGUGUCGAUAGUGCAGCUGCAGCAGGCAGCGCAGUACAUGACGGCGGACGAUUACCUGAGCGUGCAGUACCAUAUUUCACUGUCGCGGCGCAAGCUGUUCGAUGUGACAGAGCAGAAGGAGUACUGCAGCAACCGGUGCAUGGUCGGGUCGCGGUUCUUCCGGCAGCAAUUGUCGAACGAGCCGCUGUAUAUGCGAGCGCCCGGGAAGCUGGAGGUAUCGGUGAUGCCGGUGGAGGAUGAGGCAGUGGAGGCCAUCGAGCUGGACCGGCAGCUGGAGCAGCGCGUAUUGGCGGGCACCGGCGAGCGCGAGCUGGUGGACUGGUACAUGAGCUCGCUGUUUGCCAAGAUGAAGAUCCCCGAGGCGGUAGCGCAUGCAAACAACCCGCUGACGAUUGUGGAGCGCGAAGGCGGCGCUGCAGCUGCGAUGGAGGUCAGCGACGGCAUGGCGCGGCUCCAGUUUGCCGAUGUUGAGGGGUUUGAGCCGGCGGUAGGAUGCAGCUCGGAUCAAGACGGCCGUGGGGCAUGCCAGGCGCGCGAACGACAAAAAGUCCAAAUUCCUGGCGGCGCGCAGUGCGCUGCGCAAGGCGCGGCGCAGCCAGCUCGCAGCGCGCUGGAGCGCGUGGCUCGGUUCGAUACAGGCAGUGAGCCGCAUACUGAGUCGGAGGCGGCAAGUGACGUUGUGGCGCCGUGGGACAGCGAGUCGGACGACGGGGUCGGGUACAUAGCAUCAGACGACGAGUCGUCGCAGAGCGGCAGCAGUUCGGACGAUGACAUGUUUGGCGGCAUGAUCGGCGCGGCAGGAUCGCGAUCGGGCCCGUCGCUGUCGCUGUUCGGGCGGCUGUGGACGCUGGUGGACCGCAUGGUGACGCCGCAGACGCGCGCAUUCCUGCGCGACCUACAGACGGCUCAGAGCGCGCUGCCACUGAUCAGUAGCGCAGCGGAGUACAACUCAGCGCCGGGCGACAAGAGCAUGGCGACGCGGCACAGUCUGCUAGCGGGCAGCGUGGAGCGCGAGCUACUGGACGUGCAGCAGGAGCUGGGAGUGGAGCUGGGGCUGGGCCGCGAAAUGCACCUGCUGGUGUCGUCGCUGGCGCUGGGGCAGAACACCGUGGUGUUCGCGCGUGGCGAGCUGCGGCUGUUUGUGCUGGCACUGGUGUUUGCACUGGCGCGAGUGCUGCAGGGCCUGGCAGGCGCUCUGAGCGGCGAUGUGGUGGUGGGGCGGCUCGAGUAUGUGCUGCACCAGGCCAAGACCGAGCGGAGCGAGCUGGAGAUGGUUGCGCGGCGCUUCCACGAGGCAUACUGA